AUGUGGGGAAAGAGUGACGGGAAAGAACAAGUGUCGUGCUGGAAGUCGGGCUUUGGAAACCGAUACUUUGUGGAAAUGGGACUUUUGGGGGGGGGGAUCUGGAGCAGGGCACUCGCUCUGGUUAAUGUUGAAGACAAAGUCCCUCUCUCCUCCCAGUCCCUCUCUCCUCCCAGUCCCUCUCUCCUCCCAGUCCCUCUCUCCUCCCAGUCCCUCUCCUCCCAGUCCCUCUCUCCUCCCAGUCCCUCUCCUCCCAGUCCCUCUCCUCCCAGUCCCUCUCUCAUCUCAGUCCCUCUCCUCCCAGUCCCUCUCUCAUCUCAGUCCCUCUCUCAUCUCAGUCCCUCUCCUCCCAGUCCCUCUCCUCCCAGUCCCUCUCCUCCCAGUCCCUCUCCUCCCAGUCCUCGGCUCUCUCUCUGUUUUGAAGCAGCAGCUCCACAUGUAGCCUCUGUAUCCAGGAGGAAAGCCCAUGCACCUCUCCCCAUGCACCUCUCCCCAUGCACCUCUCCCCAUGCACCUCUCCCCAUGCACUUCUCCCCAUGCACCUCUCCCCAUGCACUUCUCCCCAUGCACCUCUCCCCAUGCACUUCUCCCCAUGCACCUCUCCCCAUGCACGUCUCCCCAUGCACCUCUCCCCAUGCACUUCUCCCCAUGCACCUCUCCCCAUGCACCUCUCCCCAUGCACUUCUCCCCAUGCACCUCUCCCCAUGCACCUCUCCCCAUGCACGUCUCCCCAUGCACCUCUCCCCAUGCACCUCUCCCCAUGCACUUCUCCCCAUGCACCUCUCCCCAUGCACAUGCAGCAGAUCGCAUUAA